UCAAGACCACCUUCAUCAAGCCCUUCCAGUAUUGUUCGGCGGACUUCCUCAUUGGAUACACUUGCUGCUCCAUACCUUGCUGGACAAUGGCCUCGUGAUAAUCAUGGCCAAGCUGCUCCAUGUAUGAGAGACAAAGCCACACAGACUGAAAGUGCCUGGGCUGAAGAGUAUUUAGAAAAGAAGAGAAGCUCACACAAACGUUCAGCAUCAUGGGGCAGUAAUGAUCAACUCAAGGAGAUUGCAAAAUUGCGUCAGCAAUUGCAGAGAAGCAAACACAGCAGCAGGCAUCAUCGCGAUAAAGAAAGACAGUCUCCCUUUCAUGGUAACCAUGCAGCCAUUAACCACAGUCAGGCUCCCAUCCCAAAGAGUGCUCUUGUUCCUGUGAUACCUAUUACCAAAUCAACAGGUUCACGAUUCCGAAACAGUGUAGAAGGACUCAAUCAGGAGAUUGAGAUAAUAAUUAAGGAGACUGGAGACAAAGAGGAAGAGCUUGUUCCUCAAGAUAUUCCAGAUGGGCACCGUGCACCACCUCCGUUGGUUCAGCGUAGUAGUAGUACUCGCAGCAUUGAUACCCAAACACCUGGUGGAGCAGACAGGGGUAGCAACAGCAGCAGUCGAUCGCAGUCAGUAUCUCCAAACUCAUUUCUUACCAUCUGUAACGAAGGCAAUGAAGAAAGUCCAUGUUCUACAGAUGAUCUUCUUGCUGAUUCCAGAGAUAAAGAGAAUGGGAAUAAUUCUCCCUUGCCAAAAUAUGCUACCUCACCAAAACCCAACAACAGCUACAUGUUUAAGCGUGAACCUCCAGAGGGCUGUGAAAAGGUGAAAGUCUUUGAAGAAAGCUUGCCAAAGCCGUUACAUGAAAUUCCAGCCUUCUACUGCCCUGACAAGAACAAGGUGAAUUUCAUUCCUAAAAGCGGCUCUGCUUUCUGUCUUGUCAGUAUCCUCAAGCCACUUCUUCCCACACAGGAUCUCACACUUAAGGGCAGUACACACAGCCUGACUGUCUCCUCUGGCAUGACACCUGGUUUGUUACAGCCCAUUUCUAUGGCUUCCUUGUCUACAAAUACAGAUCAGGACAGGAUCUCUCGUGGAACAAGUACAGUAAUACCACAGACCUCUAUACUCCAGCAGUCAGGACAUAUUGAGGAAGCUGAAGGAUAAAUUUAGAUUGUCUUGAAGUUUUUCUGGACAACUACUGGGAAAAAAUUUGAACCAGUUGAUUGGACCUUUCUAAUUACACUAUUUGUGUUGUUUUAACAAUUUAUGGCACUGUUGUCAAUGAACUGUUCAUGUAAUUGAGAGUUUGGUAGCACAUUGAAAAGUUCAGGAGGAUGCAGCAGUUGAUGGUCUGUUGCACUUUCUGCUUACAAAGACUCCAGUUCUCUUUCACUCCUGC